UCGCAGAGCGGCUGGGCUCUUUCACUCGGCCGGUGGCAGCCAUGUUGGGGUUUGCGGGUCGGCGCUGCGCCUCUUCGGCCGCCUCCCUGCUGCGCGGGGUGCGGAGCCCACCCAGUCCGCUCCAGGACCUGCUGCAGCUUCGGGGUGCUGCCGUUGCUGCAGCUGCCACCGGGGCCCGCCGGAAUUAUGCUGCCCAGACAGCUCCUGCAGCCAAAGCAGGGGCUGCUACUGGACGCAUUGUUGCAGUCAUUGGUGCUGUGGUGGAUGUCCAGUUUGAUGAGGCCCUGCCACCAAUCCUUAAUGCCCUUGAGGUGCAAGGCAGAGAUACACGCCUUGUCCUGGAGGUAGCACAGCACUUAGGUGAGAAUACUGUUCGUACCAUUGCUAUGGAUGGCACUGAAGGCUUGGUGAGAGGCCAGAAGGUGUUGGACUCUGGAGCACCCAUCAGAAUUCCUGUAGGACCGGAGACGCUUGGCAGAAUCAUGAAUGUGAUUGGAGAGCCAAUUGAUGAAAGAGGCCCAAUAACAACGAAACAGUUUGCUGCUAUUCAUGCUGAAGCACCAGAAUUUGUUGAAAUGAGUGUUGAACAGGAAAUUCUUGUCACUGGCAUUAAGGUUGUGGAUCUUCUUGCACCCUAUGCCAAAGGUGGCAAAAUUGGCCUGUUUGGUGGUGCUGGUGUAGGGAAGACGGUAUUGAUCAUGGAGCUGAUUAACAAUGUUGCUAAAGCCCAUGGUGGCUAUUCAGUGUUUGCUGGUGUUGGAGAAAGAACUCGUGAAGGAAAUGACUUGUACCAUGAAAUGAUUGAAUCCGGAGUCAUCAACUUGAAAGAUACCACAUCCAAGGUUGCACUUGUUUAUGGACAGAUGAAUGAGCCACCAGGUGCCCGGGCCAGGGUUGCUUUAACUGGAUUGACUGUGGCAGAAUAUUUCAGAGACCAAGAGGGGCAGGAUGUAUUGCUUUUCAUUGACAACAUUUUCCGUUUCACACAGGCUGGGUCUGAGGUGUCAGCCUUGCUGGGCAGAAUCCCUUCAGCUGUGGGGUACCAGCCUACUCUAGCAACUGAUAUGGGUACCAUGCAAGAGAGGAUCACAACAACUCAAAAGGGCUCUAUUACCUCCGUGCAGGCCAUCUAUGUGCCAGCUGAUGAUUUGACUGAUCCAGCCCCUGCUACCACAUUUGCUCACUUGGAUGCCACUACUGUACUGUCUCGUGCUAUUGCUGAGCUGGGUAUUUAUCCAGCUGUGGACCCUCUGGACUCAACCUCACGUAUCAUGGAUCCUAAUAUUGUGGGACUGGAGCAUUAUGAUGUGGCCCGUGGGGUGCAAAAGAUUUUGCAGGACUACAAAUCUCUCCAAGAUAUCAUUGCUAUUUUGGGUAUGGAUGAGCUGUCUGAAGAGGAUAAACUGACAGUGGCUCGUGCCCGUAAGAUUCAGAGAUUUCUGUCCCAGCCCUUCCAAGUAGCUGAAGUCUUCACUGGCCAUGCAGGGAAGCUUGUACCUCUGAAAGAAACGAUCAAAGGCUUCAAAGCGAUCCUGUCAGGAGAGUACGACCAUCUUCCAGAGCAGGCCUUCUACAUGGUUGGACCUAUUGAAGAGGCAGUGGCAAAGGCUGAGAAACUGGCUGAGGAACAUUCUUGAGCCUUCUGCUGUCAAAAUUGGUUGGCUGUCAAAGUUCCACUGGUUGACCCAUGUUCUCACAUGGGACGUUGUGCAACAUGUCUACAAGAUAUUUAAACGUUUCCAAUAAAAUGUCUGGUGAAAC